AUGUAUUUGUUCGAUCUGUUUCUGCUGAAAUGUAAAAGGGCGUCAGCGCUGCUGCAAUACGUGCACGUGACGAUGUCGCCCGACAUAUGCGCGCACGCGCCGCUAUUAAGCAUUGUUACUUCCAAUUCUUCCUUACAUAGCUUAACAACGAAACUGUAGUGCCUUACCAACAGCAGUAGAGUUGGGCUACGAGCCGCUGGUUGCUGGACAGCUUACCGGUCCCGACGAUGGCGCCAGCUCCCAGUGUAGCAAGCAGCGGAGUCAGUGGAUCGUCAGCUGGGGCAGGACUGCCGCGCAUCAGGGAGGACAAAGAUGGUGACCAUAAUGAUGGUGAUGCCGAGGUGUCACAGCGGCCCGGGGUUGAGGGUGCGGUGUUUGGUGUGCUGUUCACGCUCAGCCAGGAGAAGAACACACAAGAUAUCUUCUACCACUGGAUCCUUCUGAAGAUCCUGCUGGACGUGUGGCAGGUGUACACCCAAAUCCUGACGCCCCAGUAUGGCUGGGACAUCGACCCCGACUCAAUGCUGUGGAAGGGCGUCUCCGUCCUCUCCUUCGGGUGGCUUGCGGACAUCGGGUACGGCUGGUACGUCGGCCUGCUGUACACGUUGGCGACCCUGCUGGGCCUCAACCUGGCGCUGUGCGGCUGGGUGGCAGUGUGCUUCCGGAACCAGAAGUUCGACUACGUGUGGCCCAUCAAGGUGGUCCGCGGCUUCAGCUACGUGUUCCUGCAGGUGUUCGACAUCACAUCGCUCAACUUCCUGCAGCUAGGCAUCAGCUGCAAUUACACCGCCCCGGCUGACAGCGGGAUGCGCCUCAAGAUGCAGCUGUUCCCACAGUACAGCUGCUCGGCGCUGCCCCAGCUGGCCCAGGCUGUGGCUUCGGGCGUGUUGCUGGGCGUGUUCGUGGCGGUGGCCAUGCUGGUCAACAUGAGCGAGGUGGAGGUCAACCCCACCAGCAAGUCCCCGCAGGCGCUGGGCCACAGCGGCGCUGAGGUCACCGCCUUCUUCAUCAAGGUUCUCAUGACGCUGGUCAGCACCUUCAUUGGCGGCUGGCCCAAGGUCGCCUCCGCCGCCUACCUGCUCCUGGCCUUCUGGCUAGCCUGGUGCAACCUCCGUUGGGUGCCGCACCUGGUGGGCUGGGUGGGCGACCUCAAGUCUGGCUGCGCGGUGGCCAUGGCGGGCGUGGCGGCGCUGCAGGUGGCAGUGGUUGCUCUGCCCAACUCCGCCAUCGACGCCCGCCGCACGCUCACCCUGGUCAUGGGCAUCGGCCUGGCUCCGCUGUUCGUGGCGGGCUCACUCCUCAGCUGGUGGAGGCGGGCCUGGUUCACAGCGGCGGCGCUCAAGGCCUUCAGGAUCACCGACCCCGAGAAGGUCAAGCCCCAGGAUAUAUUCGGGUUCUGGGACGCACGUGAUGUGGAGAUCGCUGCCCGCUCCUGCCGCGUGUGGGCGGACCGGUACCAGCUGGACAAGGCGGCGGUGACGCGCGCGCAGGAGCUGAUCAAGGCCGGCGUGGCGCGCUUCCCCGGCAGCUCCUACGUCAAUCUGGUGUAUGCAAACUUUCUGCUGGAUGUGCUGGGCUUCAGCCAGACAGGUGGCAAGCAGCUCGAGGCCGCCCGCAAGCUGGACCCGGGCCCCAUGUGCCGCUUCAUGCUCUUCGUGCGGCAACAGCAGGCCACCCAGAAGGCCGCGAGCAGCACCGUGGGCAAGGGCGGCAGCAUGGACCUGCUGGGCUAUGUCGAGUACCAGCGCAAGCAGCGCAUGGUGCUGCGCCACCACAAGGACGCGCUGCAGGCCAUGGCCAGCUUCUGGCGCAUCCUGGGCUACUCGAGCAGCGUGUCCUUCCGCUCGCUCAGCCGCUCACUGGAGGAGAUUGACACCAGUGUGAAGCAGGCUGAGAUGGCGUACCGCGCCGUACUGGAGAUGUACGGCAACAGCCCGCGCCUGGUGCGGCUGUACGCCCGGUUCCUGGAGACCGUCAAGCAGGACCCCUGGGGUGCGGCCGAGUACUCGGCACACGCCGACCGCAUCGAGCAGAACCGGGACGCGGACGGCGACGGCCCCACGCUGCCCGACGGCACGCCCAUCGGCCGCAUGGACGAGGUGGACAAGGGCGUGCUGGUAGUGAACGCGUUCGGCGACAUCCAGAUGGUCAACAAGAAGCUGAUGUCCAUGUUCGGCUACCGCAAGGGCGACUUGGACGGCAAGAACGUGACGGUGCUGAUGGCGGGCCACGACGCCAAGCGCCACCCGGGCCUGCUGCGCCGUUAUAUCGAUAGCGGACAGCAGGCACCGCCCGUCUUCAGGCGGCCGGUGCUGGGUAUGCAUCGCGAGCGCGUGGCCAUUCCAGUGCAGUUGGACGUCAGCCGUGCUUCGGGCAUGGGCGAGGACAGCGUGUUCAUAGCGCUACUGGAGGCGGGGCCGCAGGAGCCUGGCGUGGGCCGGCUGUGGGCCACACCCGAGGGCCUCAUCGUGUGCUGCGACGCCGGCUUCGUCACCUGCUUCGGGUUGUUCCCCACCGACGUGGUGGGAACUCAGCUGCGCUCGCUGCUACGUGCCCAUGCCUCCAGCGCCGCCGCAGCCGCCGCCUCGCGCGCAGCCGGCCAGGGCGGCGAGGAGGACGGCUGGAGCGCCAGCAAGGCCCUGAGUGACGCGCAGAAGCUGGUGCAGCGGCUUAUUUCUGAGGCCGAGGCUGACAGUAACACGUCGGCUGACGGCAGCCGCCACGGCGCCCCGGGCUCCCCCGGCGGCGCAUCUGACGGCGGCACAACCACUAGAACUGAUAACCAUUGCUUUGUGCGGCACAAGUACGACGAGGCCCGGGAGGUGUGCGUCACCGUCACCAUGGACCCUUCCCGCACCAUCCUGGAGUUUGUGCUUCGCCUGGUGUCCACCGAGCCCCAGCUGCUGAUGGUGGUGGAGAAGCGCGGAGGCAUCAAGCACAUGAGCGGAGACUUGGCCAAGCUGCUUGGGGCUUCUGCUGGUGCCGACGAGGCUGCUAUCGGCGGUGGCGGCAUGGGCGGCGGUGUUCUUGAAGGCCUGGGCGCCGCCGCUGAGAGCGCCGCGCUUCGCAACUUGGACGACUUCCUGCCCGCGCCCUGGCGCUACCUGCACUCCCGCCACCUGGCCAAGGCCAUCGGAACCGGCGUCCCCGCAUCGGCCAUCGUCCAGAUGGGCGGUGGAGCCCCAGGUGCCGCUGGCGCCGGAGCCGCCGCGAACAACGGUGCGCCCGCCCUUCUGUCCGGCAUGUGGGGCUGCCACGGCGGCCGCACGGCUGGUGUAGACGAUGGCAGCCCUGCCGCUGGCGGGCGCCUUUUCCGCCCCACGAUGCGCUUGGUCGGGCUGCACGGCCGCCCCGUGUUCGUGCGUGUGGCGGUGCACUCGAGGGAGGAGGGCGGUGAGCCGCUGCACGUGGUGCGCAUGGCCAGGUCCUCUCUUGACACCGCCAUUGCUGAGCGCCGUGUGCGCGUGCGGGUCUCGGAGGCCGGCACAGUCAUCGACGAGGCCGAGGCAGCCGCUGCUGCAGCCACACUAGAGAUGGGGCCUGACGUUGCGGAGGGCGCAGUCGCCGCCGUCGAGAGGCCCACCACCGCGGCUGCGGCUGCGCAGGCGAUGGGUGAGGAGUUGGAGGCCCUGUUUGGCUUCACCAAGGAGGAGCUUGCGGGGUACCACCUUUGGGACUUCAUCACGCUUCAGCCCUGCCCCGAGUCCGAGCUGCUGCUGGCGACUGCUGGCGCCACCUCCGGCGCUGGUGCCGCAGCCGCCACUGCUACCACGCCCCGCGCCGGUGCUGUUCGCCGCGCCUCCACCACCAUGGGGGCUGGCGCGACUGGUGCCGGCGCCCUGAGCCGCGCGGUUCGACACCGCCUAGGCAACAGCACGGGUGUUGUAGGCGCCACCAGCGGCAAGGUGGCAGCCGAUUCGGGCGCCACUGAUACUGGAGGUGCCGAUGGCGCUGCCGGCGGAGACCUGCUGGAGGAGGCUGCGUCGGUUGUGUACGGCGAGGUGGGCGGCGUCACCGCAGAGGAGGACGCCGCCGCUGCUGCUGCUGCAGUCGCUGACCUGGCAGCAGGGGCCACGGACGCCGCCGCGAACGGCAGCGCCAACCCGUUCGCCAGCGGCCCUGGCUACUACGGAGCUGGGCCCCCAGUGGAGUUCAACCUGCGCACAUUUGAUGCCAUGAUCACCAUGGCGCUGCAGUUCCCCGGCUUAUCUUGGCGCGUGGCUGUGGUGCCGCCGGCGGCGGUGGCGGAGGCGGAGGCCAUGGGCAACGCCUCACGUGCCGCCGCACACCUGGCACGCAACACGCGUCAGGCCGUGUUGAGGCUGGAUGUGGCGGUGCCUCGUGUGCGAGUGCGCCCGCGUGACGGCUCCGGCUCCCCCAGUGGCGGCAUGUCCUCCCCUCGGGCCGGGCAGCAGCUGAACCCCGCCCUGGCCCCAGGCCGCCUGGUGGUGCAUGUGGAGCUGUGGGCGGCGGAGAGCCUCACCGGUGUGCUUGAGCUGGACCCUCGCGGCCGGGUGGCGGGCCUAGCGGAGGAGGGCGGCGUGCGGCCUGCGGGGCUGAUCUUCGGCCAGCCCUCUGCUUCCUUCCUGGGCUCAGAGCUGUCCCAGAUUGUUUCCAUGCCGGCCGGCUACACGCCCAUGACACUGCUGACUGGCGACGUGGGCGGCAAUGCCGCAAAGAAGAGUGCGCUUAAGGCAACCAAACAGCAGCAGGCGGCCGCGGACAAGGAGGCCGCUGUCAAGGCGGGCCCGGUGCACUACCUGCCCGGCUGGCACCGUGACGGCCGGCCCCUGCUGCUGGCCGUGCAAAUGGUUGGCAAGCCGCUGCCGCCCGGCGGCGCACCUGCCGCGAGUGGUGCCGCCGGAGCUGCCGCCGCAGCCGGCGCCCUGACCGCCAUCAUCCGCCUUGCGCCCGCCGGCGCCCAGCCCUCAGUGCUACCGCCCAUGAUGGGGGCGGCGGCGAUGGCGGGCGUCAACGCACUUGCAGCCGGGGAGCCGAGCACCCGCUCGCUGGGAGGUACCAGGCGCCGCGCCUCAGUCGUUGCGUUGCCGCCUCCCGCGGCGGCGCCGGUGUCAUGGACUCCCAUCAUGGGCCCUGGGGGCUCCGGCCAUCGUGGUGUUCAGCAGAUGCACCUGGCGAAGGACUUGUCGCGCAUGGGCCGAGGGGCCACCGACGCCGAUGCCAUCGCAAGCGCAGCGGAAGGCCACGCGGCCGCCGUCAUCGGCAACCUCGGCGUCCCGGUGUCGCCUCUCGACCCGGCGGCAAUGGGCGUGGCGGCGGCUAUGCCACUGCCGCCUCCGCCUCUGGCGUUGGCGAUGGCAAUGCCGUCGCCUGGCAUUACUAUGCGCGGUUCGGGCCCUGGCGCCGUGGGCGGCAACAGCGCGAGGCCGCUGGCGGCGCGGAGCAGCAAGGCGCGCGAGGGCGCUCCUGGGGAAGCAAUUGGUUCUGGAAGCGGGGACUCAGGAAUGGUACUGGAUUCAGCUGCGGACCUAGAGCGCCACACACACGGCAACGGUGCUGAUGGCGCUGGUGGUACCGGUGGUCUACCUCGGUCCCCGGCGUCGCUGCCAGGAAUGGUGCUUGGUGGCGACCACGAUGGCCGCCCGAGCGCCACUGGUGCUCUGGGUAAUGCCGCGGCUGCAGUCGCCGCAGCCAAGGAGGCAGAAGGCAGCGGUGCCGCGCUUAAGAAGCAACCCUCAAACAAGAUCUCAAAAUGGAUCACUACAAAUGGCGAGUACUACCAGAACACUGUGAGGUCCGCUGCAGGCAUCGGCAGCGUUGCGGAGGACGAUGAUGAGGAGGGUAGCGGUGACGAUGAUGGUGCCAACGGCUCGGCUAACAGUGACGGCAGCGACCAACGUGGCAGCGGCGAUGGCGCCGCGUCGCGCCGUUCCGCCAGACACCCGGGCGGCGAGGAGCCAGCAGCGGCGGCACGACUCGAGCUGACAGGGGCUGGCGACGAAGGCAAGGGCGCCGGCGCGCGCCAGGGCAUGAGCAUGGCGGUGGACAACAGCGACAACAGGAGCGACGGAGGCGAAAGUGCCACAUCCGGCGUGUCGGGAACGUCGGGUCUGUCUGACGGCGACGGCACCGGGGACUUCAAGCGGGGCAAGCGGUACAAGAAGCUCAUCAAGCUCAUCGACUCGCCUGACAGCAAGAAGAGCCUGAGCAAGUUCAAGAUGCUCGUGGCGGCGGUCAUCUUCACGUGCAUGGCAGUACACAUUCUGUGCUUCGCCCUCAUCAUGGACGGAAUCCACUGGCAGAACGAUGCCCUCAUGACCCUCACCAACAUGGGCGACGGCCAGCGCUACCUGCAAAAGGUUGCGGUGUAUAUGCGGGCCCUGGACCAGGAGUACAGGGGCAAGGGCUCCAACAACACCUACGUCGAAGCAAACGCACCGUUUGCUGCGGGCGAGAUGUACCGCUACCUCAACCUGUACAACGAUAUGAACAACGGCAUCCUGCUGAACAGCCGGCACCAGUCGAUCACGCUGCUGUUUUACACCGAGCAACUGACGGUGUGGGUUGGCAACAACACCUUCACUGGCGAGGAGAUGUUUGCAAACGUCACCACCUGGGAUCUGCUGACACGUCUGCUGGUGGCGGCCCUCACCGUGUACCAGAAGCACGAGGAGUGGCACUCUCAGAACAUAUACCCUGCCGACACGUUUGAGGGACAGUUCGUGUUCCGAAGCGCACAGAUGCUCGCCAAGGGCUCCCAGGCGGUGUGGAUAGCGCUGCAGGAUCACGCCCAGGGCCAUACCCAGCGUGUCAACGACCUUCAGCUCAUCUUCCUGGCCAUCGAGGGCUUUCUGGUGUCCAGCUGUACGGGGGCGUGCCUCAUCUACUUGCUGCGCGUGGCGAGCGAACAGCGCUACAAGCUGUACGACACGUUCCUUGCCAUUCCCAUCGGCCUGACGCGCGCGCUGGCCUCCCAGACCACCCAUCUGCUGGACGAUGACGAGUCGGACGGCGACGAUGACGAUGAUGCAGCUGUGGCAGCAGCCGGCAAGGCGGCUGAGCUUGCUGCCGGAGACGAGCACACGAGCGUUGAUGGCGACGCUGCGGGUGGUGAGGGCACUGGCGCAACAGCCGUCGCCGCCCCUAAGCGCCGCGCGAACUUCGACCACUCAGGGCAUGGCGGAACCGCAGCUGGCGGCCGCCACGGCAAUGGCGGCGACUCAGCGGCUAGUCAUGCCGGACACAAGCACAGCCAUGACAAGAGAUCCGGCGCCAGCGUGAAAGGCGUCAAGCGCAAUGGCAGCGGCGGCCCGUCUGUGGGCGGUGGCGACGAAGCUCCUGGAGAUGAUGGAGGCAACGGCGCGUCCGUGCCGCUGCUGCGCCUGCAGUCUAGUAUACGCUUCGCCGCUCCCGGCAACGGUGGCGCAAGUGGCUGGUUCAGCGCCCUGAAGGCGAAGCUACUCGGCCGCUCCAACGCGGUCCGUGACAGCUCGGCCCCGGCGAAGCGCUCGCUGGAGCGAAAUAGCCGCGUGUCCAUCGCCAUGCUGGCCAUCGCCAUGACCUAUUCCAUCCUCAUCAUCACCUUUUACUCGGUCGGCUACAUCCUCACGCUCACCACCGCGCAAAAUGUGGCCAUGGUGUCUGUGGCGCAGCGCAACAUGGAGAGGGUGUGCAAGGCUGUUUUCUUCUCACAAGAGCUGCUUGCCCAGGAGGACCCGCUGCUCGUCAACCGCUACAUCAAUGAAAUUAGCAACGUCAGUGUGGGGCUGCGUGACGCCUACUACACCAUGCGCAUGGGCGUGGAUGCCGAACGCGUGGCUGGUCCCAACAUUGAGAGGUUCCCGGGAGUGGUGAGCCACGGCCUGGCCAAGGAAAGCGCCGAGCAGUUCGACAUCUUUUUCGGCACCGGCGACUGCCAGCGACUGGAAGAGCCAUGCGAGGGGCCUGAAUACCGAUACUACGAGGUGACGCACAGCGGUAUCGAGGCUAUCGUUUUCCAGGUGUUGCUUUCGCUGGCCAACUUGGCGGAGAAGGCUUUGGGCGCUCAAAACCGUGCCAUCACGAUGACAGCGGCGUCUGUGGGUCUUCCUGUCGAGACCAUCAGGGCGGAAGUGCUAGCCGGUCAAAUUCCCGAGAUCAUGGACGCCGUCAGCGCCGCCAACGCUACCUCGGUUGCCGCCGGCGGUCCCCCGGUGCAGCUGCUGACGUCUGCCGAUGUGGGCAUGCCCGGACACGACAGCCAGGAGUGGGAUUUCAUCUGGAAUGCAGGCUUCAAGGACGCAGUGGAUGGCGUUCACACCAUUACAGCUCUGGAGAUCUCGUACAUAAAUGCCAACUUUAAACAGGUGGUCAUUAUGCACGUGGUGCUUUUUGUGCUGCUGGUGGCGGUUUUCGCCGUGUUUGUGUUUGGGCUUCUAAUGCCCAUGCUCAAGCGCAUGCAGAAGGAGAAACGGCGCAUCACGGAGAUGCUUAGCCAGCUGCCCACUGAGGUGGAUGUCAUGAAGCUCAUCACGCUCGCCAUUACCGGAUCCAGCCCUAUCACUAACGAUAAGAGUGUUAAGGGCGGUGCUGAGGGCGGCAAAAGCAUGCGCCGCAGCUCGGUCCUCAGCAUGGCUGCUGCAAAUGGCGGCGCCGCUGCCAACGGUUCCGGAGGUAGCGGCGCGCCGACGCGGCGGCUAAGCACCAUGCAGUUGCCUGCCGGAGGAGGCGGCGGCGCUGUGGGUGAUGGCACUGAGACAGGUGCUGUGGACAGCAAGGCAUGGAAGGGGCUAUUGGCACGUGGCGCAAGUGUGAAGGGCGGAGGCUCCUUUGCCAGCCUCAAGCGUGUGUGAGCAAUGAGCAGAACUGAAACGCCAGGCCGGCUCGCUGGCCUCACGAGAAAUCAUUCUUAUAUUUUUGGAUGCAUUUGUUUAAAUGGUGGCUGGCAACCUGGAUGAGAUGAGAUGGAAAUGAAACAUGCAAUGCAACGAAUGUACGACGCUCAAAACAAUGGACAUGCUUCAUGACGACUCAUGCUGCUGCCGUGACAGGAGCUUUCUUUAUCCAAGGGUGCAUGAGGUGUUGGCCUGUCCAUGUGUGCACAUGACAUUCUGCGAAUGCGAACUCACAGCACCGUACGCAUAGCAAUGGCUAGUCGAGGUGCGGAAUCAAAUUCAAACUCUUGAUUCCCAGUCGCGCCAUGUGGGCUCGGGACCAAGACGCCCUGGCAAUGACUGGAGAGCGAGUUUGCUCAUACCGUAUGUGAUGAGUGUUGCGGCGCGGCGGGAGGAUGUCCUGCUGUUUGGUUGUCCUGUGCUGACUGUGCUUGCGCUUGAUAGCGGGACGUACGUGGCUGGACGCAUGGCGGGCCGUACCUGCACAAACGACCCCGGCUAUGUCCGGGAGAUGAGGCAGACGCUUGCGGCCUCAGACUGGAGACGUGGCGUGGACGUGGCGUGGGCUCAGCCCACUUUUCCCUUGCGCGGGAAAAUCAUCUGACUGUGCACGCUGGAUGCGUCACACAUGCCGACAUGUCGGCGGUGUUAUGCCACUGGACACUCCGCAGCCAAUGACUACAGCGGCGACCUUAAACCUUUCCUUACAGAAGUACUAAUUGAGAACAUGCAGGACUACAUACGAUACCCAGCGUAUUACCGGCCGGUGUGCGGCCAGUCGUACGUUGCGGAGACCUUGUUAUCAUGGAUGUGGCUUGGCCGUGACUCUCUUUGGCUCUUUACUCAAGCGGU